AUGGACAACGCACUCGGUAGUCUGUCGCCCGAAAGCCUCCAGAGCCUGGAGAAGCUGUCGCCGCGAGAGAAGCAGGAGCUAGGCCAAAUGGCCAUGCAAGAAGUUCAGAAAGUGCAGAUACAACAGACCAUCCAUUCCUUGACGGACAUGUGCUUCAAGAAGUGCAUCACCUCGAGAAUCUCUUCCGGUAAACUGGACCGCAGCGAGGAGCCGUGCAUGCAAAACUGUGUCGAUAGAUACAUGGACGCCAACAUGACUGUCAUUCGGCAUUUGGAGCAGCUGAGGCAGGGUAGCUAG